AUGAAACCUAUCGCCAUAGCCUCCCUCGUCCUCCUCGCGUCCCCCAUCCUUUCACAAUAUCAAGCAUCCGUAUUCCCCCCGUUCGACGCCCCCAACUACCCCACCACGCUGCUCGUCUGUUCGCAAGAGCUCCAAGCCCGGGGGUACUGGACGCUCAGCCAGCUACCGUCCUACCCCAACGUCAGUGCCGUCGACGCGGACCUUGGUGGGUGCGGAACGUGCUGGGAGCUGUCGUCGAGUGGAGGGGGCGUCGUGGCAGUGGCAGCGGUCGAUGGCGUCAGACAUUAUGGUCUACCCCCCAGUUUCGGUUUGACUUCCGCAGCAAAGGAUCAGCUGCUGGGUAGUAACACCGAGGGCCUCAGUCUGAUUUUUCCCGUCAGUGCGAAGCAAGUUGCCUCGUCUGUCUGUGGUCUUUAGAAGAGUAGGAUUGAGGAUUUGGAAUCGGAAAAUUCUUGAGCAGCUAGGGUGCCCCUCGUGGUCGGGAUAAUUUGUAACCUUUAAUAAACUCUACAUUAGAUCAGCGUUUAUAAUAAGUGAAAAAAAUGUGAAAGGAGUCAGAGUGUGUA